CUGUCCAAUCAGUAGUUAUGGAGGCUGUUUCAAACCAGAAACGCGACUAGCCAAUCAGGCCGGUCUCGUAUUGAGCUAGCGCGAGGCUGUGCGCAUAGCCUUUAAAGAGAAGGCAAUCCAGCCUUGUGCGAGUGUAUGCGAAGGAGCUUUGCAGGAAUCUGGUAAAGAAGUCUCCUCCACAGAAACUCAGUUCUCCGAUCAAAAUGGCCAAAGGUGACCCACGCAAGCCUAAGGGCAAGAUGUCUUCCUACGCCUUCUUUGUCCAGGUCUGUCGCGAAGAGCACAAGAAGAAGAAUUCUGACAUCCCAAUAAACUUUUCAGAGUUCUCCAAGAAGUGCUCUGGCAGGUGGAAGACUAUGUCAGGGAAGGAGAAGUCCAGGUUUGAUGACAUGGCGAAGCAGGACAAGGCACGCUAUGAUGAGGAGAUGAUGAGCUACAUGCCUGCUGGGAAAAAGGGCAAGAAGAAGAAGGACCCCAACGCUCCCAAAAGACCUCCCUCCGGCUUCUUCCUGUUCUCCUCGGAUCAGCGGCCCAAAAUCAAGGCCCAGCACCCUAGCCUGGGAAUCGGGGAUGUGGCCAAGAAGCUGGGCGAGAUGUGGAACAAUCUCGGCGACUCCAAUAAGCAGCCAUACCUGAUCAAAGCCAACAAGUUGAAGGACAAAUACCAGAAGGACAUGGCUGAUUACAAGGGCAAAUUAGGUGGGGCAGCAGGAGGCCCGAAGCCCAAGAAGAAGCCUGUACAAGUUCCUGAAGAUGAUGACGAAGAUGAAGAGGAAGAUGAUGAGGAGGAUGAGGACGAUGAUGAUGAAGAUGAUGACUAAUCUAUUUGUUUUGUUGGGAACACUGUUCCUGGCUGUGUACUGUGACUGAGGGAGAGACUAGCUGUUGGCCAUAGGGUAUGAUGCAAGUACACCCUGAGCAGGCUACUACUCUUGUCUCCCUGCUCCAAUCCCCCUGCCCCCACCCCCAGAAUUUUCUACUGGCUGUUAACUGGAAGCAUUUGAAUAAGAGGUAGUGGUUGCAGCAUAUAUGCAAAGCUUUUUUUUGUUAUUUUAUUAUUUUAUUUUUGCUUUUUUCUUUCCCUCCACUCUUGAUUUGUAAGGUGUUUGACAACGUGGUUCUUAGGGUUUAGUUUUCUUCCCCAGCUCUGAGUUUUAUUGCACAGAUCUAGGCUGUAGCCAUGUACCAGUAUUGUCAACUUCAAUUGUGACUGUGGUCUGGCUAGAGUUUGUGGACAGGAAGGGUUGCAGUCUUUGGAAUCGCUCUAAGUUUGAUGUCAUUCAUCUUUCUGUCCUGCACUGAUGUGGUUAUGGACUCAGCAGGGAUGUAUAUGGUAUAAUUUUCGUAUAAAUGAAUAAUUUUCUCUUAGCUGUAAUAUCAGUUGAAGAAUGGAGUGUGAUCAUUUGUGGAAAUUCUGUACUUAUUUGCACCUGAAUUUUUUUUUUUUUUUCUUUUGUAUGUUUAGGAUGCUACAAGUGAAAUAAACUAUUACAUUUUUAA